AUGGCCACCCACAAAGCCUCAGCCAUCGUCAUUGACGACUAUGAACUUCCAAAGGGCCGAAAAGCAGUCGGGACCCUCAUUACGGCUGCUCUGAUGGUCCUCUCGUCUAGACGCAAGUUCAUCGAGCCUCGAUCAUUUAUCCACGAUCACAUCCUAGCAAGGAGUAUCAAAGCCCACAAAUACUCCAAGCUAGUCCAAGACAUCAUCUUCUACGCUCUGUUUGGUCUCCACGGGGUCGAGACUGUCUGGUUCGCCUUUACCAAACUGAAGAAGCACAACGUCAAACUCACCAGCCCCGCCUGGAUUGAGUGGGUUGCCACAGUCUUUGCUGGAGGUGUCUUCGCCAGAGAGCAUUUCGAUGAAUUUAUCGAGCAGAAGGAGCUCAAGGCUAUCAAGGAAAUCUAG